AUGCCCAAUGCUUCACUCUACAGUCCACCUGAGGGCAAAGUUGGCAUCCUAUUCACCUUGUUCGAGGCAGUUCCACGCUUGCCCAACACUGAUUUCUGCAACCUGAUCAUCCGUGAAUACGGGUUUUCGAUGAGAGAAUUGACCCCUACCAUUAUAAACAAGAUAAUGGGCUUCGAACUACUCUGCUGUGCUUUGGGCCGCCUGUCGACUAUUCCAAGUUGCAAGGACUUCUUUAUUGCCUUUAUCCAUUAUCCGAGGGCUAUAGUGUAUGUUGAUCGUGCUCCAACACUUUUUGGUGCUGACAAGGAGUUGGCUGAUGUGCUUGAGAUGACCAUCAUCAACGGUGAAGAUUUUUUGGAUUGCUUCUUGGCUGCCGGCGGAAUGAGCGACGCUUGGAGAGCACGUGGAUGGAUGCCAAAGUUUUUUUUGUUGAGAAACAGGGAAGUCGUUCCUUUAGAGAGAGUGCUUCAGGGUCAGUUCAGUGAUGAGCUUCAGUGUCGUGAUGUUGAUUUUGUGGAAGCUCUUCCACCCCAUGUUUUCGGAUGA